AUGGAAACACCUACCGUCCCGCUUGACAUUCUCCCCGAGCUCGUCCGAGACUCGGAGCUGAAAGUGCAGUUUGUGCAAGAAGGCGGCAACAGCUUUGUCAUUCACACGCAUACGGCAAGACGUCGCUCUGCAGAGGAGAAAUGGCUCGUCAAGCGACACCUGAGGUCAGGGGGCCAAGGGUCAGUAGAUUUGCAGACCAGAGUUGUUGAAGAGUUUGGGGAGCCCUCAAUACGGGCAGUGAAGAGAAUCGAAAUCCCUGAUUUGCACAAGGCUGCACGAUCUAAGAUGUACCAGAGAGAACUCGAGACCAUCGCUAAGUUCUCCCAGGCGAAGUUCUCAAAGUUAUUUGUCACAUCAUACGGAUGGUAUCUCAGCCCUGGAUACAUCAAUAUUGCAAUGGAAUAUUGCGAACUUGGAGAUUUGAACAAGUACUUACGGAACAGUUUGCUGUGUCCUGAGAACCGCUUACCUGAACUGGACACUCGGGAGAUUGUUUAUCAAGUAUUAGAGGCGCUUUCGACGAUGCACGAGGAGAAUUUCUGUCAUAGAGACUUAAAACUUGCGAAUAUUCUGAUCAAAAGAACGGGUCCGAGGUGGUGGGUGAAGGUGGCUGACUUUGGACUGAGCAAAAGAGGCGGCAACGAUAGCACCACGAAUUUCAGUGCGGGCUCUCGAGGCUACAUGUCACCCGAAAUCAGUGGAUUCAAGGAUCUUGACAGUAAGGUUGAUCCAUACGCCGUGGACAUGUGGGGGUUGGGACAGGUUGUGAGCAGACUCUUGACCGGUCAGGUUCUGUUCCCUACCCAGCUAGAUCUGGGUCGGUACUACUUUGGGGAUAUCAAAUUUCCAGAGAAGCGCUUAAGAGACGCUGGAGCGACUGAUGAUGUGACGGACUUUGUCAAGAGUCUUACGAGGAUCGAGCCCGCCAAACGUUUAACGGCCUUGGGAGCCUUGGACCAUCCGUGGAUGGAUAUGUCACUGAAUCUCGACGCCGAGAGUCGAAGCCAGAAUCCGACAGAAGGAUCCGAAACAAUGGUAGACACAGAAAAUCCUUCGAAUGUUUGGCCUGAUGGUUUUGGAGCGCAGCCCAAAGCCGAGCAAACCACCCGACUGAAACCGCCACCUCCGUCCAAUGCUCGACCUGAUGAACCUUCAGCGAACCUCGGCAACGGCGGGCCUAGAUCAGAAAAGGCUGCAGAGGCUCAUAAAGAAUCUGGUAAUCAGCUUUUCAAAGAGGAGAAAUACGACUUGGCCAUCGAGCAGUACACCAAAGCCAUUGAAAUAAUUCCAUCAUCUGCUGUUUACCUGGGCAACCGUGCAGCUGCCUACAUGGCUCACUUUCGCUGGGAGGAAGCCCUUGCAGACUGCCUGAAAGCUAUGGAUCUCGAGACACCAACCCCCAAACUCCGUUUGAGAUUGGGUCGAAUAUACACGCGUCUUGGAAGACCCGAAGAGGCUUUAGUCCUCUAUGGGCAAAUCCCAGACCUUGUCAGAGAAAAGGACGUGAAUCGAGCCAACCAUAUAGCGAAAUCCAUCAAAUCGGCUCGCGAGGCCCUGGAAGUCAACAAGGACUACUCUUCGGCGCUCUCUUUUGUCGACCAGGCCAAGGUUGAGCUUGGCACCCUCGCCCCUACUCCAAGGGAAUGGAAGUUGUUGCGGGCCGAAGCCAGUAUUUACAUUUGGCAGCGCGAUGGGGAGUUGGCAUAUCUUGCCGAGGCCGAGGAGAUUUUGCGUGACCUUUUGGGGAAGGACUACAAUGAUUCUGAGGCGCACCAUUUAGACGCUCGCAUCCAAGUCACCAAAGCGAUGAAACCUACCGAUGCCGAUGGAAGCUCAACUCAACCAACGACUACCAACGAAGGCCCUGAUCAUACUGUGAAUACCGAAGAUACCAAAGAGUCUGUUCCAGGCGACGAAAGACCCACGCAACCCACUUCUGAUAUCAAUAGUGACUCUCACUCUGUAAGUUCAAUGUCAGAGUACUACGCCAAGGAGAUCGUCCGAGUGAAAACAAUUGGCAAUGAGGCAUACAAAAAAGGCCAGUUCACCAGGGCGAUGGAGAUCUACUCGGAUGCAUUAGUUAUAUGGCCGAGCGAUAAGACCAACAACGCACGAGUUGCUUUAAACCGGGCACAAACCUACAUCAAGCUUGGCGAAUUCCAGCUCGCCAUCAAAGAUUGCGAACGCGCACUCCGUCUUGAUCCUUCCUACGAAAAGCCCCAUAUCAUAAAAGAGCAUGCGGAGAAGCUGCUUGGUGAAACGGUGAAGCAGGGAACGGAUGAGGGCGAAGCAGAACAAGAGAACAUGAAGGCUCCCGGUGAAAGCCCUAGCGACACGAGAAAGGAAGCUUCCCAGGCACAAAACGAUGCUACCGCUAUCAUAUGUCCUAAAUGUGGAGAAUCAUUCCAAAGUCAAUGGGAGUUCAUCAAUCACGCAAGGCGGUUAGACCAUUUCGUCGAUUCCGAUUCCUGA